UGUCAUUGCGAUCACCUGCGAACCCUUUCAUCGUACCUCCGAGCUCUCAAAACCCCCGUCCCCCGACUAUCCGGUCGUCGCUUCUGCCACGAUCUCGCUCUCCGGAAGGAAGAAAACAAGAAGAAGAGAAGAGGGAAAGAAUGGCUCCUUUGGACCCGCACUCGUGCGCCGACGCGAGCCAGCCAUUCGCGACCCACGUCUCCCUCACCCUCUACCUGGAUUUCGCGACGUCGACCAUCCUGGGAUCCGCCCUCCUCACCCUCCCCUCCCCCCACACCGGGCCCCUCACCCUCGACACCCGCUCCCUCUCAAACCUCUCCGCCCUCGACCCCCUCUCCGGCUCCCCCCUCCCCUUCUCCCUCUCCCCUUCCAACCCUGACCGCAUCCUCGGCCAAGCCCUCACCGUCUCCCUCUCCUCCCAUUCCUCCCUCCUCCUCACCUUCUCCACCACCCCCGCCUCCUCCGCCCUCCAGUGGCUCUCCCCCGCCCAGACGUCCUCCCGCUCCCACCCCUUCGUCUUCACCCAGUGCCAGUCCAUCCACGCCCGCUCCAUCUUCCCCUGCCAGGACACCCCCGCCGCUCGCAUCCGCUUCUCCGCCAAACUCAACCUCCCGCGCCCCCUCUCUGCCGUCAUGGCCGCCGCCCACCUCGCCUGCCGCGACCCCGCCCCUGGCGACGCCGGCCCCGCCUGCCCUGACACCCUCUGGUGCGCCCAAGGCCGGGUCGUCGAGGAGUUCGCCAUGAACCAGCCCAUUCCCCCCUACCUCUUCGCCUUCGCCGCCGGGGAUAUCGGCUUCCGGGACGUCGGCCCCAGGACCAGGGUCUACGCCGAGGGCGGUACCGCCGUGCUGGACGCCGCGGCCAGGGAGUUCGCCGGCACGGAGGAGAUGAUUCGGGUUGGGGAGGCGCUGUUCGGGCCCUACGAGUGGGAAAGAUUCGACCUUCUGGUGCUCCCUCCCAGCUUCCCCUACGGCGGGAUGGAGAACCCCAGGAUGGUGUUCCUCACGCCCACCGUGAUCAAGGGGGACGCCUCCGGGGCCCAGGUUGUGGCGCACGAGCUCGCCCACAGCUGGACGGGGAAUCUCAUCACCAAUAAGACCAACGAGGAUUUCUGGCUCAAUGAGGGAUUCACUACAUAUGCCGAGAGGAGAAUUGUGGAGGUGGUGCAGGGAGAGGAGCGGGCAGCUCUAAACAGUGGAAUCGGUUGGAGAGGUUUGAAUGAGGAGAUGGAGAGGUUCAAAGACAACAUGGAGUUCACGAAGCUGAAGCCGAAACUUGCAGGAAUCGACCCGGAUGCUGUCUACUCUCAAGUGCCAUAUGAGAAAGGGUUCCAAUUUCUCUUGCGCAUAGAACGCCAGAUUGGUCGUCCAGCAUUUGAUGAGUUUCUGAAGAAAUACAUAUCCACUUUUAAGUUCCAAUCAAUAGAUACAGAGACAUUUCUUGAAUUUCUGAAGGCAAAUGUGCCUGGAAUAGAAAAUCAAAUUGAUCUUAAGCUCUGGGUGGAGGGUACUGGGAUCCCUCCGGAUGCCAUGGAGCCAGUGUCAACCAUCUAUACAAAGAUUGUGUUGCUGGCAAAGGAUUUUAAUGCUGGAAGGAUGCCGAGGGAGGACGAGGUGGCAGACUGGCAUGGGCAGGAAUGGGAACUUUACUUGGAGAAUCUGCCCAAAGCUGUUGAAGCUUCUCAGGUAGCUGCUCUAGAUGCACGUUAUCGGCUAGCAGAAUCCAGAGAUUGGGAGGUGAAAGUCGCUUUCCUUCAAUUGGCCAUCUCAUCUGGAUGUAAAGAGUACUUUGGGGAGGUUGAGAAGACCUUAAAGCAAGUGGGAAGGAUGAAGUACCUCCGCCCGCUGUAUACUGCUUUGGUGCAAGGCACCGGAAGGGACGAAGAGAAGAUGUUAGCCAAGAGAAUCUACACAGAGGCUCGUGACUGUUAUCAUCCCAUUGCUCAGGGUGUUGUGGAGUCCAUCCUGUCUAAGCAUAGCUAGCAAAUAACUGCCUGCUUCUGCCAUGCUGGAAGUGCAGAUUUUGUGGUGACUCACUUUGCUUUUGCCCAUAAUUGGGAGGAAAACUGUUCUAAUAUGCUGCUUUUUGUUCACCUUGGGUGUUGGUUAAUCCUUAACCAUGUAUCUCUCUGAAAAGAUGGUGGUGUUAUUUAGGUUAAAGCUCUUUGAUGUUAAUGACUUCAAGCAUCGGUUACUAAAUGAAACACUCUUGCUUCAGAACUCAA